CGGGGUUGGCUUCUCCUCCCCUUCCGGUUCGGUUCUGGUUCGGGUCCGAGAGUAGCUAGCCUAGCCUAGUUAGGGUUUCCUUAGUAGUUCGUGGGAGAGUGAGAUGGCGGACGGCGGCGCGGAGUACCGGUGCUUCGUCGGCGGGCUCGCCUGGGCCACCGACGACCGCGGCCUCGAGCAGGCCUUCAGCCAGUACGGCGAGAUCCUCGACGCUAAGAUCAUCAACGACCGCGAGACGGGCCGCUCCCGCGGCUUCGGAUUCGUCACCUUCGCUACCGACGAGGCCAUGCGCAACGCCAUCGAGGCCAUGAGCGGCAAGGAGCUCGACGGCCGCAACAUCACCGUCAACGAGGCCCAGUCCCGCCGCUCCGGCGGUGGGGGCGGAGGCGGAGGCGGCUACGGCGGCCAGCGCGGCGGAGGCGGCUACGGAGGUGGCGGCGGCGGCUACGGCGGCGGCGGUGGCGGCUACGGCGGUGACCGCGGUGGUGGUGGCUACGGCGGCGACCGUGGUGGCGGCUACGGCCAGGGCGGCGGCGGCGGUGGCUAUGGCGGCCAGCGCGGCGGCGGAGGCUACGGCGGUGGCGGCGGCUACGGUGGCGGUGGCGGCGGCGGCGACCGCUGGAACUGAGCGCUGGGGCCUGCUAUCUCGGCCAGUCAUCUCGUCUUCAAGUUAUCCCUAGUUUAUCAUCGGUCGGUCCUGUUACUGGUUUCUGCUGUGUCUGUUGUCGGUGUCGUGUUUUUGAUCGGGAGCUCGAGUGGUUUGGGUGACAAAGUAACUUUGAGUUCUGGUUCUGGUUCCGCCAGGAAGAAGAUCGAUCAAGUCGAGUCUAAGAGUCAUGUCUGUCUGUGUCGGUCGUUUCGAGAUGCAAUCCCUUUCCUUCCUUGGAUCGGAUCGGGAUGUGAUGUGUUGGAACUAUGUUUACCUUUGAAUCAAUGAAUGAAAUCAAGUGGGAAUUCGAGAUGAAAA